AAACACUUCUUUGUUGAGGUGUCUUUGAUACUGUAUGGCGUCUAAACGCCGAAAAAAAGGCCGCCUAGAGGAAACAAUCCAGUAGAAACCCUCCUGUAAACCUGGCUCUGAAAAACCUGUGUCAGAAUUUGUCAGAGGUCAGAUGUGAUCCAGAGACAAGGAGAGAGAAGCUGAAACUCAUCUGUUCAGAAGACAAACAGGCCUUGUGCGUGAUGUGCACAUUUUCAAGCAAACACCUACAACACCGCCUCAUCCCUGUUGACGAAGUAAAAACUGCUCCUCUUAAGCAGAGUUCUCCUCACUUCGCUCAACCCAAAUUAAAUGGACUCAUCAGAAGCUGUUUAAAUUUCAACCCAAUCAAAUUCACAGAUUCCAGCCCCUUUCCGGUGUUCCGAAUCUGACUCCCUGGACAAAUAAUACUCCUCUGCAUGUGCAUGUGCAUCAAUCAAUUUUACACACAGCAAGCACCAAGACCACACAUGGAUGCAUUAUAUAAACUUAAAUAUACGGUAUUAUCACAAAUUCAAGUUUUUGGAUACAGGAUAAAGAAAACACAAGGCAGAUACAUUCAAACUGGAAGCUGCUGGGAUUCUAAGCUAAGCUAAGAUACUAAGCUGCCAAAGUAAAACUUUUUAAUAUAUCCUGCUGCAUUAGUGCUUUAGACACGUCUUAUUAGUGCAGGUGGUAUUUCAAAUUAAUGUUUAAUAUUUCCUUUUGCCACUAGCUCAUAGCCACUUCAAUUUUGUCAAAGUAGCUAUCAGAAGGGGAAGAAAAAGUUGGAAGCCCCUGUUCAAAAGUAUAUGAGCUAUAGAGCGCCAAAAAAACGCUUAAUUUUUCACAAUAAUAACACCGUUAGAAUUGUUAGAUGUUAGAAAUAUUUUGGAAAUCCCUGUUCACAAGAGGUGAUCUCAUUUAGAGAAACCUUUCCAAAAUGGUGGAGAUGAAUCAAGAUAAAUACAUUAAACCUUAAUCAUAAAAGAUUGUAUUAAUCACAAAAUAUAUAUUGUAUUGUUUAUAAAUAUUUAGAACAAUCCAAAUAUAUGUUAAAUAUUUCAUUUAUUGUCUAUAGUAAUGAUUUUGUUUGUGUGAGUAAAUUUGGGAACAAUGACAACUUGGAACUGAAAGUAAAGGUUAAGGUAUUUACGGUAGUUUCCCAAGAUACGUACAUACACAAAUGAGGUCUGACAAUAAGCUGAUGCAUACAUAGGUGAUUGAAAGAGAAACUGAAAUAAAAACCUGACUAUGAACAGCCAAAUAACAUCAACAGAUUGUUGAGAAGCUCGUAAUGGCCUCGAGUAAACGUCCUUUCUCUGAGGAAGACUUCACGUGCCCUGUGUGUUGUGAUGUCUUUAAGGAGCCCGUGCUCCUGUCGUGUGGCCACAGCGCGUGCACAACGUGCGUUAACCGGUACUGGGAAACCAAAGGACACCAAGAGUGUCCUCUUUGCAGGAAACGAUCCACUAGAAACCCUCCUAUCAACCUGGCACUGAAGAACCUGUGUCAGACCUUCCUGGAGGUCCGAGGAGAUCCCGAGACGCUCUGCGACAUCCACAGAGAGAAGCUGAAACUCUAUUGUGUGAAUGACGGACAUGCAGCGUGUUUAAUCUGCAGAGAUUCUAGCAAACACUCACAACACUGCUUCAUCCCUGUCGACGAAGCAGCUUCUGAUCUAAAGGAUGUUCUUAUGAGAUCACUGGAUACCUUGAAAAUGAAAAUGAAGAGCCUUCAAGAUGCCCAGGUUUACUGUCACCAAAAUGUAGCUCUCAUAAAGCAACAAGCAGAGUACAUAAAGAAUCAGAUAAAGGAGGAGUUUAAAAUACUUCGGCAGUUUCUGCAAAAGGAGAAUAAAACCCUGAUGAAUCAGCUGAAAAAGGAUGAGCAGCAGAAGACACAAAGCCUGGAAAGCAAAAUAGAACAAAUGAAUCAAGAGAUAAAGUCGCUCUCAGACACGAUUAACGACAUAAGGAAAGAGCUUGAAUCGGAAGACAUCAAAUUCGUGAAGAAGUUUGACAAGACUUUGGCAAAAGCUCAGUACAAAGAUUUUGAUCCAAAUGUGGCCUCUGGUGAAGUUAUUGACGUGGCAAUGUACGUGGGAAAUCUACGGUUCAAACUCUGGAACAAUAUGCAGAGCAUCAUUAAAUACACUCCUGUGGUUUUGGAUCCAAACACAGCUCACUCGCAGCUCAUCCUGUCUGCAGAUCUGACCAGCGUGAGAGACAGUGAUGACGACCGUGAAGACAAGGCUGACAAACUCAGACCACCGGUUUUGGACACUUCUAAGAGAUUUAGGAGUUUGUGUGUGCUGGGUUCUGAAGGCUUCUCUGCAGGGCUGCACUGUUGGGAUGUUGAUGUAGGAAACAACACCUUCUGGAUGCUCGGUGUGACCACAGAGUCUGUGCAGAGAAAAAAUCCCAAUGUUUUUCCCAGUGGAGCUUGUGGCAUUGGGUAUGAUGGUCAAAAGCUGUCUGCUUGGUCUCCUUGGGGUGUAUACACUCCUCUUAGUUUCUCUGCCAAACCCCGGAUGAUCAGAAUCCGUCUGGAUAUGGAUUUAGCAGAGGUGUGGUUCUUAGAUCCUGCUAGCAAAACCGUUAUCCACAUGUUUACGCACCACUUUGCUGAGAAAGUCUUUCCAUUCUUCCACAGCAUGUGCAGCCUCUCUCCUCUGAAAAUCAUGCCUCUAGAGCCUUUUGUAGUGCUGGGAGACAAAUGCCAAAAACAUUUGCAACUAUAAUCCAUAUUAACAUUAUGUAUUUAUUCUGUUGUAGCAACUUGAAGAACAACAGAAUUAGUUCAGAGUACAGUCUGAAAUUUGCUUUCUAUAUCUUUCAUGGCUAGAGGCAAAUCUGAUGAAGGUGUAACAGGACAUAAUGUGUCAAGUGUUUGUUCAGAUUAAGACAUAAUGCUGGUACAUUUUAAUAUGUUGAUCUUCUACAUCUUGGGUUCGAAUAGUUAUGCUUUUAACAGUUUGUGUUAUUAGUCAUAACCUAACUCAAGUGACCGGCUCUUUCACUUUUCACCCUGGUUUUCCCCCAAUCUUUUGUCGAGAUUCUUAGUGACAUAUGUAGAAUACUAUGCCAAUGUUUUUUCCGUUCUGAUUGGAUGAUUUGUUGAAACCGCUUGGCACUUUCUGGUAAAUCACAGUGUGGGAGACAUUAUAAUGACAAUAAUUAUCAUAGAGCUAUUAUACAGAUAAAUACAGUGAUGUUUUAUUGAAACAUAAAUAAGACAAAGGUAUUGCACUAAUCCACCUCCUAAAUAGAAGCCUAUAUAAGUUUUAUUGCUAUUGAAUUAACUGAAUUAUGAUUCCACCAAUAUAUAUUUAUUUUUUAAUCAUAUUUUUUCCAAAAUUGCACCGGAAUAUUAAGCCAUAUAUGAAUUGGAUUUGUAAAUGGAAUCUAAGUGGUUAUAAAAGAGUCAAAUGUUUAUAAUGUAGCAUAACCUGUACAUAUAUUCUUGACUUACAUUUAUCUCUGUACUGUAUGUCUGAGGACUGCACUUACACACUUAUUCAUUCUUGCAUUUAAUUUGAUUUAGGUUUAUGAUUUUAUUUAUUUAAACAUUUAAUGUCCUUUGGUUUUAUAUAGUGUUCAAUAUCAGUUAUGCUUCCCCCUCGUGAUUCUCCCUCUGUAUACUUUUGCUUGCAAUGUACAAAAGUAUAUGAAAGCCUGAUUUUUUUAGUCAUUUUUUAAAAUAUUUUUGUUAUUGUUAUUAUAUGUUAUGUCAAUUUAACAUCUAAUUAAGAGGUGCUCACACCACCCGAUUUAGAAAGCCAUGAAAAUACCAUGAAAUUAUUAUUUGUUAUCAAACCAUAAAAAUACAAAAUAUACGAAUGUAAAGGUAUUUUGAGAAAUGGACCAAAAUCCCUUUGCAAAUGAAUCCAACCUUCUCAGUGGACAAAUGCUGUUAUUCCUCCAGGGAAUUUAAACUGUGGGAUGCCAAUAAUUAAGAAAUCAGUGCUUUAAACAUAAAGUUUUACUUUAAACUUUAAUUGUAUAUAUUCAUUUAUUUCUUUUUAUCCUUAUUUUUUUCAUCUACUUAUUAUUAUUGUUGUUGUUGUUGUUGUUGUUAUAUAUUUCUUUCUUUUUCUUUUUAUCAUUAAUCACUUGAUUUGUGCACAAUAA